AUGGGAGCACUUUCAUUUUUAGCCACUCAAAAAUCAAUGAGAGAUACGACAAAUAAUAUUAAAGACACAGAAAGCACUAACAGUAAUGCCGAAGACCUUACAAAUCAAUCCGACGAAGAUACUGACACAGAAGCUUCACGAAAUAGGAGACUUAAAACGAGCAUGCGUAAAAAGACUAAAAUUCAGAAUAAUAGCGAUGAUGAGUUAUUGAAAUUAUUGCAGGAUAAAACUUAUGAUGAGGAUGUUUCAUUUUGUGAAAUGAUCAUACCAAUGCUCAAGAAUCUCUCAACAGACCAGAAACAUUACGCUAAAAUUGAAAUUCUGAAUGCACUUAACAGAGCAACAAAAUAUUCACCACAAAAUUUUAUACCGCCUAGAGUCAGAUCCGCUAAGUCUCAAUAUCAAUCAUCAUCAUCAUCGUAUUCAUCUUACAACCCAAAUACGCCAUCACCCUACCCAAAUACUAUCCAUCAAUCUCCUUCUCCCCAAAUUUACCAAUACCCACCAUCUUUUCCUCAAUCUCCGCCAGAUCCGUCUCCUCAAACCCAAUACACACCAUCUCGUAAUUCAACUGUCAUUCCUCAAUCUCCGCCUGAUUCGUCUCCUCAAACCCAAUACACACCAUCUCGUAAUUCAACUGUCAUUCCUCAAUCUCCGCCUGAUCCGUCUCCUCAAACCCAAUACACACCAUCUCGUAAUUCAACUGUCAUUCCUCAAUCUCCGCCUGAUCCGUCUCCUCAAUCCCCAUACUCGCUGUCAAAUUUUCCAAAUACUUCAUUUAAUCAUUCUACAUUCGUAGUAGAGGGGAGUAGUUUUGACAUGAAAGAUUAUAUUUUAUUUAAAUAA